CACCCUAUACAGCACAGUUGUUAUUUUUCAACAAACCAAACAUUGUGCUAAAAAUCUCCACCCUUUGUCUUUCUCAUUUUCUUCUUGGAUUCCUUUGCAUUUCAACAACCUGAAACCCUCCACCUCAUUUCUUCUUUGAUUCGAAUUAUUUCAUAGUAUAUAUUCGGGGAUUCCAAUCCAAUGGCAGCUGUUUCACCUGAAUACCAUAUGAUUAAUCAAAGAACAUGGCCUUGUAAAUCAGACGGUGGUCCUCGUUUCACCGCGUUUUCAUUUGUAACAAUAAAUGACAACAAGCCAAGAUUAAGACAUAGUCUCACAAAUCAUAAUUAUCAAUCGAAUCAGAAAACUCAAAAUUCCUCAGAUUUCUCACAAUUACCUGACGAUGUUUUAUUGAAAAUUGCAGCUACAUUUACUUUGCCGAAUUUACGUGCGGCUUCACAAGUAUGUAAGUCUUGGUGUGAUGGAUUAAAACCUUUACGAGAAGCUAUGUUGUUUCUUAAAUGUGGGAAACGGUUUAAACGUGGGCGUGGAGGGGUAAAAGCUGAUAUCAAUAAGGCUCUUGAGUCGUUUCUUGAAGGCGCGGCUCGUGGAUCCACGUUGGCUAUGGUUGAUGCCGGAUUGGUUUAUUGGGAAAUGGGAAGGAAGGAAGAAGGGAUUGCUUUUUAUAGAAAAGCAGCUGUACUAGGUGAUCCUGCUGGUCAGUGUAAUUUGGGGAUUUGCCUCUUGCAAGCUAGUCCACCGGACAAUGAGGAGGCUAUUAAAUGGCUGUACAAAGCUGCCAUUGCAGGCUAUGUUCGAGCUCAGUACCAACUUGCCCUUUGUUUACAUAAACAUCGUGGCCUGAGUAGGAAUCUUCAUGAAGCGGUAAGGUGGUAUCUGAAGGCAGCAGAAGGUGGAUAUGUCCGUGCUAUGUACAAUAUAGCAAUAUGCUAUUCAGUUGGAGAAGGUUUAGUUCAAUCUCACAAGUUAGCAAAGAAAUGGAUGAAGCGAGCAGCUGACCGAGGGCAUAGCAAAGCCCAGUUUGAGUAUGGACUGAACCUAUUUUCGGAAGGGAACAUGACGAAAGCUGUGGUGUAUUUGGAGCUUGCCACUCGUGCUGGUGAGACAGCAGCUGAUCACGUCAAGUAUGUUAUAUUUCAAGAGAUGUCCACCACUUGUCGUGACAGAGCCAUGCUUCUUGCUGAUAAUUGGCGUCCUUUGCCUUCUUCAUCCCGCUGAUUGAGUUUCCUUGUUUUUUUGCCUAGGCAUAUUUUCUCUAGCCAAGACGGUGUGUAAAUAUACAUAGUUUUUCUUGUAAAUAAUUUUUCACUUUAGAAGUUACCAUUUCUUUACGGAUUGUUGAGCAAGGGUAUGGAAUAUAUAGUUCCAAAAAUUGUACUACAAACUUGUAAACGAGCAUGUCCUUGAAAGACUUUCUUCACUCCUUCAA